UUUUCGACCUAUUUGGAUUUGGAUUUUCCAUAUCCUGUGUGUUCUGUUACGCAUCUCUAGAAAAGGGAACCGAAAUAGGAAAGCAGAGAAAGAAUUGGAAGGGAAAAUGGAUAUUAGGGAUGACAGCUCGUCAAUCUGGGAACAAGUUGAUAUCGCUGAAAAUUACCUCGUCUGCUGCUUGUUCGAUGAGGCGGCCUCGUUGUCUUCUUCUAUUCUUAAACAAUUACUCCAGAAUAAUAAUCGCAUCAAUCAGGUUUCGGAAUUUCCGGAGAGCUUCGAAGAUGAAUGGAUUGAUAUGCUUGAAUCAGCUGGCAUGAUUCUCGUACAAUCCAUGAAACAAUUGGCAAGGACGUCGGAGAUAUUGAAGGACUUCAAACUCUUAUUUGGUUCACUCAAUCUCAUUCCUGUUCAGGUUUUCGUUGCGGGGGUGUGCUUUCAAUUGUCAGAGGGCCUCUCAUCUAUUGCUCAAGGUUUUCUUGAGGAAUUUGUAAACAGCUGGACGUAUGUGGAUGACAAAUACCAUCCUCUUUUAGGUGAAGAAGCUAGGGUAGCUGAUACAGGAGGAUCUAACUAUCCAUUUUUUAUCAGUGUUGACAAGUAUUUAGAAGUUGUCGAGCUCUAUGUUGUGACACUUCUCGCUACAACUUUGAAAGACACGAACCUGGCUAUAUCCUGGGUAGAAAAGGCUGUUCUGCCUAUUGAGAAGCGUCAGGUUCUUCUGAGGCGCUUACAAUCAAUGAGUUCUUCCGUGACCAGUUCAUCUCAAACUUCUCUAUACAAACCUGAAUUCUUAAAAGACCAAACACCAUAUAAUGCACAUCAGAAAGAUAAUGCACCAGGAUUCCCUACUCACGAACAGAAUAAUAAUACAGCAAAGGCGGAAAUUCUGAAACUUUCUCGUAACAGAGUUCCAUAUUUCUUGUGGUUUCCUACUUUUAGUGUGAAGUUAGGCAAUGUUCAAUUAUCAAUACCAAGUGGGAAAUUUCUGUUGGCAUCUCUGCUAUUGAUCAUGUUUUACAUCACAAGAAAAAAGCAAGUCAUGUUGAAGAGGUUUCUUGUUAAGCAUGCUCUCUCUUUUAGGAAGGCUUUUUUGGACCUGUGGCAACUUGCAUUCUCAUACCAAGUAAAUCCCCUAGCUGCUGUCCAAACUUUGCCUAACUCGACACGAGGAAGCCGCUGACUGGACACUUCCUGCCAGUUCAAAUCCAGUGAGAUUUGAGGGACAUUGUGAAAUGAUACUCUUGCCCUUUGUGUAGGGAAAUUGCUAGGAAGUUUAUUCAAUUGCUAUGCUGUGUUAAGUGCCUGUUACUAUAAAUGCAAUGAAUGCAUCUGUUUUGUCCUA